UGGCUGUGCUAGUGGCUGGAGCUCACUGUGAGUCGGGAGCUUGGAGCUUCGUAACUCUGGCAGCCUUGCGUACCAAGGUACCUACUUCAAACAUCACUGAAAUCCACGGCUACCUACCAACCUAGUCUUGAGCUUCAAUUUAUCUCGCAACUCACAUCUCAAGACACGCCCUCUAAAUAACACGACCCCUUAGUUCCUGCAAUCUCUAAUCAUGGCGUCGGGAUAUGAUAGAGCUCUUUCCGGUAUUCCGGACGGACAUGUGUUCCAAGUCGAAUAUGCUGGUGAAGCUGUCAAACGAGGAACCUGCGCCGUCGGCGUGAAGGGCGCAGAUAUUGUCGUCCUCGGUUGCGAGAAGAGGUCUGCAAUGAAGCUGCAAGACACACGCAUUACGCCUUCCAAGAUCGGCCUCAUCGACACCCACGUAUGCCUAGCAUUCGCCGGUCUAAACGCCGACGCCCGAAUCUUAGUCGACAAGGCACGACUAGAGGCGCAAUCGCACCGCUUAACCGUCGAAGACCCCGUGUCUAUCGAGUAUAUCACGAAAUACGUCGCAGGCGUACAACAACGGUACACGCAGAGCGGUGGUGUGCGACCAUUCGGCAUCAGCACCAUGAUCGUGGGCUUUGACAAGAACAGCAAAGUACCAAGACUCUACCAGACCGAACCUAGCGGUAUUUAUUCCGCGUGGAAAGCAAACGCGAUCGGCCGUUCCAGCAAGACGGUUCGGGAAUUCCUAGAGCGCAACUACAAGGAGGAUAUGGACCGCGAGGCGACUAUCCGGCUAGCCAUCAAGUCGCUCUUGGAAGUCGUGCAAACGGGUGCGAAGAACAUCGAGAUCGCCAUCAUGGCCCCUGGUAAGACCAUCGAGAUGCUGCCGGUCGAAGAUAUCGAAGGUUACGUCAAGAACAUUGAGCAGGAGAAGCAAGAGGAGGCCGCUAAGAAGAAGACCGGCCGAACACCGGGGACGGGUAGCGCGGCCAUCUUGACGAGGGAGCGAGAAGGUGGCAGCGAUUAAGGGCAGGCCGUAGCCGCAGCUGUAGCCGGAGUUUACGGGCCUCUAGAAAGGUGAUUGAUUCAUAGAGGAUAUCAUUACGAUGCCUACCUGGUAGGUAUACCUAGGUAGCAAAUCUGUAUACUACCACCCGGAAGCAUGCACGG